AAAAAGACAUUGAGCUCUUGUCCAGGAACGAAGUGGGAAGGCCAGGAGCUACAAUAUUUUAUUGCGUACAGUCCACGCUGAAUUACAGGAAGAAUACUUAUGCUACACGGAGUAAAUACGGAAACAAUCUUACUAAUAAUCUAUUCGUUUGAUAUUUUGUUUGUUUCACAGACCAGCUAUUAGAAAACAUAUGAGAGUUUGUUUUAUUUUUUAUUCAACUGCUCCUUUUUGGAGCGAAAAAGCUUGUUUAUAUUCCUCCAUUUUAUUUUCAUUCGCCUACCUGGAGAUUUAUGACUAAAAAUUAAUACAGCAAGAAAAUGAGAGCACAAAUUGAAGUAAUACCCUGCAAGAUCUGUGGGGACAAGUCAUCAGGGAUCCACUAUGGCGUAAUCACCUGUGAAGGCUGCAAGGGUUUCUUCAGACGCAGCCAGCAGAACAAUGCUACGUACUCCUGCUCCCGGCAGAGGAACUGUCUGAUUGACCGCACCAAUCGGAAUCGCUGCCAACAUUGCCGGCUGCAGAAGUGCCUGGCCCUGGGCAUGAGCCGUGAUGCUGUGAAGUUUGGCCGCAUGUCCAAAAAGCAGAGAGACAGCCUAUACGCUGAGGUCCAGAAGCACCAGGCAUCCCAGGAGUUAGCUGCCGCCUGUGAGGUGGGAGCCGAGGUCGAAGGUCAUGGCCGGGCAUACAGCAGAGGCUCAAGUGCUGCCCUCAGCGACCUUGACGACAUCGCCACUCUGCCGGAUGGCCUGCUGUUCGACCUACCCCUGACACCAGAGGGCGCCGAAAGAGAGUACUGCAAUCUGGAGAUGAUAGGGGGCAGCAGCUCCUCCUCUCAGAGUUCGCCCGAACAGAACGGACUGGACUUCAGAGAUGGCAACCACCACAUCAAGCACGAGUACCAGCUGCUGCAUGAGUCCAGCCUGUUCACACACACGCUGCUCAACACUCUACCCGAGGGGUUCUCAAUACUUGAGAUCGAGCGUAUUACUGCUAGUGUGGUAAAGUCUCACAUGGAGACCAGUCAGCACGGCAGUGAGGAGCUGAAGAGACUUGUCUGGUCCCUGUACACCCCUGAGGAGACACGCAGCUUCCAGAGCAAGUCUGCGGAAGUCAUGUGGCAGCAUUGUGCCAUCCACCUCACCAAUGCCAUCCAGUACGUGGUGGAGUUUGCCAAGCGCAUCACUGGAUUCCUGGAUCUUUGUCAGAACGACCAGAUCAUUCUUCUCAAAGCAGGAUGUCUGGAUGUGCUUCUGAUUCGCAUGUGUCGUGCCUACAACCCCAUCAACAACACUAUUCUGUUUGAUGGCAAGUUUGCCAGUGCACAGACCUUCAAAGCUCUUGGUUGUGAUGACCUUGUGGGUGCCGUGUUUGACCUGGCCAAGAGCCUUAGCCGUAUACAGCUCUCUGAAGAGGAAAUGGCUCUGUUCAGUGCUGCUGUUCUCCUGUCACCAGACCGACCAUGGUUGAAAGACACCCAACAGGUGCAGAAGCUUCAAGAGAAAGUAUAUCUCUCUCUGCAGCAUUGUCUACAUAGAUGUGGCUCAUCGGAGGAGAAACUGGCAAAGAUGGUGUCCAAGCUUCCCAUGAUGAAGUCCAUCUGCAAUCUCCACAUUGACAAGCUCAAGUUUUUCCGUCUCCUCCACCCAGAGACGGCAUACAAUUUCCCCCCUCUGUACCGCGAGGUGUUCAGCAGUGAAAUCACCUUCCCAGACUCCACAAUGGGCUAAACAUCUGUUCAGAUAUGAAAGUGAUUCAUAUAGAGACAGAAAGAUGUAGGGAAAAAGAGGUAGAGAGGGAGAGGAACGUGGCAACAGCGAAGCAACCAGCAGCUCAGUGAAAAUCCUGCACGCUACACUUUAGGAACACUACUCUCAGUCGCUUGGACUGUAAGCCAGUCCAGGCUAUGAAAUUCAACACUAGGUGCUGGGUACUAUGAGCAUGCUACUUAUUUUUGUUGUUGACUAAAAUGGUUCUGAGAAUGUAAUUUUGCAAUAUCAGAUGGUUUUCAAAAAGAGCUUGAGAUCUCCCUCAAGUUAAAGUCCUCUGUAAAACGAGUAUGAUGUCUUUGAAUGUACCCCACAGACAUGCAGCACAGCCCUAGGUUUGAGACAGAGUGUACUAUACACCCUACUAUCCUGCCCCAUGGAGGAGUUGCUGUGUAGAUCUUUAUUUUAUUUUAUUGCAGUUCUACAGCUCAAUUUUAGUUUCUUAUUUGGUAGUGCCCAUACUUUGCAGUUUUGUAUGCUAUGAACAAACUGUUUAAAGGGACCAAGAUCAAACAGAUAGUCAGGCAGAUUUGUUUUGCAUGCAAGUCAUGGACACAGAGACCCAGGGUGUCUAUUACCAUCCACGCAGACUUGCACACACAGCACUAAAACAAAGCACUUAUGCUGACCUAUAUAUGUAUUUUUACAGGCACACAUUCAGACACUGAUAUUUUUGAGCUCUUGACUUUAUUUUUUAAAAUGCAAUCAAAGACCUCGGUCCCACUACCCUUUCCCCUUGCAAAUGCCACUUAGAGAGAGAAAGAGAGAAUCACAGAAGUAUUUUGAAAGUAUUUUUAAACGUUCCUUACGUAUAAACUUAUAUUUAAUCAUGUAAAAUAAAAUUAGACAGGGAUUUAUAUAUAUAUAGAUAUAUAGAAUGAUUCAGGUCGUUAUUGUAAAAGAGAAUGUGUUUUCAAUGACUUACCUGGUUAAAUAAAGGCAAUUAAAUAAAGAUAAAUAGAUUCCCCAGGACAGUGUGAUGAAUGUUCAUCUGUCAGUCAAAGACUGCCUGACCAUAUUCUGGGGAACUGGUAUGAAAAAUGAUUAGAUUAAUAGCACUUACCAUCUAAGAGCCCUCCACCCGAUCCGGACCAUUUUCUCGUGCUACCAAGAAUCUCAGGGUUCCAACUCAAAGACUGCCGAUUGUCCUCCUGUAUCUAACAGAAGUGGGAUCUGUGGGACUUUGUUGAGAAAGGAAUCAGAUGAUGAGAAGAAAACAAACCGGUGGCAAACACUUUCCUGUGCUCCCACAUAGGUAACAACUGCAAUGGGGAAAGGGGUUUGACCUUUGACCAGCAGGGGGAAGGUGGAGACUCAUGCCCUCCCUGUGUGUUCAAGCAGUCUACUGUUUCAGACUGAACUGAAGGUAUGCUGAUUUGUUAAUGAUGCCCCCCUUCUACCUCACCCUCUCCCAAACACAUACAGAUGUGAUCUCUUAAUUUGAUUACUGUUGUCGCAGAUAAUUUUACUGCACAACAAUAAAUGCAAAUUGUAGUGUAUUCAAGGUUUAAAAAAAGCUUAUAAAGUUUGUGAAUUCCAAACGAAAAAUGUAUUAACCCACAUAAUUCACAUUUCCUGUUGCUGCAGGAUUAUUUUCCUGCUGUGAGAAACUGGUCAAAUUAAGAGAGUACACCUGUAUGGCACUACAAAGGGUUGACAGAGCCAUCAGCUACCCCCUUGAGUUAGGGAUUUCUACAUUCAGAUUAUAGAGUAUAUGAGAUGUCAUAAUUUGAAGGAUGAUGAUAUACAUACAAAAAUAUGUAUUUUAUGCAGAUAUAUUUUCCCCUCGCUGUUUAUUUGAGAACACUAAAUCUGCCUCUCUGUCUUCAAUGAGCGCAGCCUUUUAUUAAUCUCUACCAGAAAGUCAUAGUUAGAUUAACAUCUCUAUCUUGGGAGAGGGACAUCGGGUGUGGCAGGAUGUUACUUUUUAACAAUUCUUGAACGGGCUUUUUGGAUUUAAAGCUUUCACCGCCCACAGUACAAAGCUUGUACAUAGACAAGCUGAUGUGUGAACAUUUUGGUCAGAGUGGAAUACUUUGAAUACCUUUACCACAAAAAGAGACAAUCACUUUCAGGCCUUGGAUACCUUCUGUCCAAAUAAAAUCUGAUUUUUCACCUUGCACUGCUGGAACAGUGCUCUUCGCCAUACUAUAUACAUUAAAUAGUUGGAAUUUAGGGCGAUACACUUUUCUGGGUGCUUACAACUGUGCUAUAAUGUCUUUCCCAAUUUCAGUUAGGAGGGCCUAAACAGUCCUGGUAGAAGGCCUAGUGGACUCAAUAAGCACUCCAGCCAGAGACCUUUAAGUUCUCUCAACGUAACAACAUUCUACUUUUACACAGAGCUAAUAUUAACUGACUUGAGUUUAUAGUUCGCAAGGCAGGGGAGAAGAUUGUAACAAGGUGUAAAUGCUUUGUAAUAACUUAGAUUGUUCAGUAUUCAUAAAGUGUCAUCUGUAGACCUAAAACUGCUUUUUCCGUCUUUGGAGGAAGUUCUCAAGGUGUGCAGUUACAUUUCCACUCAGUCACUCAGGGAGACAGCUGGGCUCUCUGUACUGCAGUGUCUUCGUCAGUUAGCCAAGUCAGACACUGCACCGAAUAGAAGACCUUAAACCUUGAUCACUGUGUACAGUACAUGUUCUUGUGAAUGUUGAUCACAGAAGUAUCAAAGAUUUACCCCUGUCUAAUAUCAAUAUUAUUACAGGACUUUUGAAUUGUAGAAGAAAUAGGGUCUAAAAUGUACUGAAACUGAAAGAUAGAUUUUAAUCUUUGAAUCCUGUGUUGUUUUUGUUGUGAUCUUUUGUUUCUUAAUUUCUAUAGUUAUCUGUCCAUUUUUUUGUCAACCGUUUAGUGUCCUCCUUUUUGUCGGACAGUUUUAAUUCAAAAAAAGAAAAAAAUAAUGUUUUUAAGAAUAUCUCCCUAAAAGUUAGUCUUUUGUCAUGAUCCUUCUGUUUAUCAUGUUUUCAUUCUAUUAUAAGAUUAUUAUUGAAAUCAAUAUAGAUUUGAAUAAGAUAUCUCAAAUAUAUUAUUAAUAUGACACAUUUAAGAGUUUUGUUGUACAAUGGGGAUACAAUAUGUGGAUUUAAGAAUGUAAUAAAAGGCUUUUUACAGUAA